CGCCAAACAAACAGGGAUGCAGCGAGACAAGAGCGGAAGCUCCGGCGGUGCUGAAAAGCCCGACCGUGAGGCUGCCAUCAUGUCCAAAUAUUACGAUGGAGUCGAGUUUCCUUUCUGCGACGAGUUUUCCAAAUAUGAAAAACUUGCAAAGAUUGGCCAGGGCACCUUUGGGGAGGUGUUUAAGGCUAAACACCGGCAGACGGGGAAGAAGGUGGCUUUGAAGAAAGUGCUUAUGGAGAAUGAAAAGGAAGGGUUCCCUAUCACAGCUCUGAGAGAGAUCAAGAUUCUGCAACUGCUGAAACAUGAAAAUGUUGUAAACCUUAUUGAGAUCUGUAGGACUAAAGCCACCCAGUUUAAUCGCUACAAGGGCAGCAUUUACCUGGUGUUUGAUUUCUGUGAGCACGACCUGGCUGGGUUGCUCAGCAACGCCAACGUCAAGUUCACCUUGGCUGAGAUCAAGAAGGUCAUGCAGAUGUUGCUGAAUGGACUAUACUACAUCCAUAGAAACAAGAUUCUGCACCGUGACAUGAAGGCUGCAAACGUACUCAUCACGAGAGAUGGUGUUCUCAAGUUGGCAGAUUUUGGUUUGGCACGAGCGUUCAGCCUGGCCAAGAACAGCCAGGGGAACCGCUACACCAACCGCGUCGUCACACUUUGGUAUCGACCACCCGAGCUACUGUUAGGCGAGAGGGACUACGGCCCCCCCAUCGACCUGUGGGGCGCGGGGUGCAUCAUGGCGGAGAUGUGGACGCGCAGCCCCAUCAUGCAGGGCAACACGGAGCAGCACCAGCUCACCCUCAUCAGCCAGCUGUGUGGCUCCAUCACUGCAGAGGUGUGGCCAGGUGUGGACAAGAAGUAUGAGCUGUAUCAGAAAAUGGAAUUGCCCAAAGGUCAGAAGCGUAAGGUGAAGGACAGGCUAAAGGCCUAUGUGAAGGACCCCUACGCCUUGGACCUGAUCGAUAAGCUCCUGGUCCUUGACCCCGCCCAGCGCAUAGACAGUGAUGAUGCCCUCAACCAUGACUUCUUCUGGUCGGACCCCAUGCCCUCUGACCUCAAAAACAUGCUCUCCACCCACAACACGUCCAUGUUCGAGUACCUGGCCCCGCCCCGACGGAGGGGACACAUGCCCCAGCAGCCAGCCAAUCAGAACAGAAAUCCGGCCACCACCAGCCAGACAGAAUUCGAUCGAGUGUUUUGAUUGGAUGUGGGAGAGCAUGAGGCAGACUCUGGUUGGAUGGAAGAUGUAAGGGUGUGGGUGCUGGUAUCAGAAUGAUCCAUGGAACCCUCCCGUCCUUUUGACUAGAAGCACCGCCAGGUGUAUGACUGAAACCAUCACUUACCUCUUAAUAUGUAUUCUUCCAUCUUGUGUUUCUUCUAUCCAUGUGGCAAGGAUUAAACACAGGGAAUCUCAACAUGCCUGGAGUAUGCUCUAAGAUCAUUUGUCAGGUUCUGACUUUUGUGUCUUUAGAUCUGUUGGGAAAGUAACAGUUCCACAACUUCAGAGAUGUUGGCAGCCUGCUUUCAUCCUUGUGGGGCUUACCUUUAACUUUUGACCCCUUACUCACGUGCAGCAAGCACCUUCCAGUGGUAAGAAUGCAAAAGGUUGAAAAUGAUUAUGCACAGAUAUAAACAUGGCUGCUACUGCCAUCUCCUAGCUCCAUGCUGAAUCCAGAGGUGCUUCGUUCUGCUGUUUUUUUUGUGAAAUACCCCAGCU